CCCCGGACCCUGCAUUCACUGUAUCCAGUCUCCCCGGACCCUGCAUUCACUAUAUCCGGACUCUGCAUUCACUAUAUCUGGUCUCCCACAGACCCAGCAUUCACUAUAUCCAUUCUCCCCGGACCCUGCAUUCACUAUAUCCGCUCUCCCCGGACCCUGCAUUCACUAUAUCCGCUCUCCCCGGACCCUGCAUUCACUAUAUCCGCUCUCCCCGGACCCUGCAUUCACUAUAUCCGCUCUCCCCGGACCCUGCAUUCACUAUAUCCGCUCUCCCCCGGACCCUGCAUUCACUAUAUCCGCUCUCCCCGGACCCUGCAUUCACUAUAUCCGCUCUCCCCGGACCCUGCAUUCACUAUAUCCGCUCUCCCCGGACCCUGCAUUCACUAUAUCCGCUCUCCCCCGGACCCUGCAUUCACUUUAUCCGCUCUCCCCGGACCCUGCAUUCACUUUAUCCGCUCUCCCCGGACCCUGCAUUCACUAUAUCCGCUCUCCCUGGACCCUGCAUUCACUAUAUCCGCUCUCCCCGGACCCUGCAUUCAC